AUGUCGGAGGGCGAGGUCGAGGAGUACCGCCGCCGCCGGCAGAUCUCCGUCGAGGGCCGCGGCGUGCCGAAGCCGUGUCGCACGUUUGAAGAGGCCUCGUUUCCCGAUUAUGUGCUCGUAGAAGUCCAACGCGCGGGAUUUAAGGAGCCCACGCCGAUUCAGGCGCAGGGUUGGCCUAUGGCGCUUAAGGGACGGGAUCUGAUCGGUCUCGCGGAGACGGGGUCUGGGAAGACCUUGGCUUACCUUCUUCCUGCUAUUGUUCACGUCAACGCUCAGCCGUACCUCGCACCCGGGGACGGUCCCAUCGUGCUGGUGAUAGCGCCGACGCGAGAGCUGGCGGUGCAGAUUCAGGAGGAGUGCGUCAAGUUCGGCGCGUCCUCUAAGAUCAAGAGCACCUGCGUCUACGGCGGCGCGCCUAAAGGCCCGCAAAUACGAGAUCUCAAUCAAGGCGUGGAGAUCGUGAUUGCGACGCCGGGGCGACUGAUCGACAUGCUGGAGUCGCGGGUUACCAACCUUCGCCGCGUGACGUACCUCGUGUUGGACGAGGCGGAUCGCAUGCUCGACAUGGGCUUCGAACCCCAGAUUAGAAAAAUCGUCUCGCAGAUUCGCCCUGAUCGCCAGACGCUCUAUUGGAGUGCCACGUGGCCCAGGGAGGUGGAGACGCUCGCCAGGCAGUUCCUGGUUGACCCGUACAAGGUUGUGAUUGGCUCCGCGGAGCUGAAGGCGAACCACUCAAUCACGCAGGUGGUGGAGAUUUUGAGCGACCACGAGAAGUACCCCCGCCUAUUGAAGCUGUUAGAACAAGUGAUGGACGGCAGCAAGAUUCUGGUCUUUAUGGACACGAAGCGCGUGUGCGACCAGGUGACCCGGCAGCUGCGCAUGGACGGGUGGCCCGCCCUCUCCAUCCAUGGCGACAAGAGCCAGGCGGAGCGCGACUGGGUGCUGUCUGAGUUCAAGACUGGGAAGAGCCCCAUCAUGAUCGCCACUGAUGUCGCUGCCAGAGGGCUAGACGUGAAGGACAUCAAGUGUGUGAUAAACUACGACUUCCCCUCCACCUGCGAGGACUACGUGCAUCGCAUCGGGCGCACGGGCAGGGCGGGGGCGACGGGGUUCUCCUUCUCGUUCUUCACGGCAGCCAAUGCCAGGCUGGCCAAGGAUCUCAUCAAGAUCCUCACGGAGGCCAAUCAAGUCGUGCCACCUGCACUCGCUGCUCUGGGGAUGAGCGCCGGCAGCAUGAGGGGCGGAGGAGGCUUCAGGGACAGGGGCCAUGGAGGGCACAGGGGAGCCAUGCAAUCAGGCUCCAACGUCAUUCCCCUCGGCACCAUGCGAUCCUGGGGACCCAGAUAG